AUGGGUUCCAGAUUACGAGAUACUGUUCGAUUCCUGUUUGAAUUGUUCUGUGAAGUAUCACCCGGUGAUCAUGCUAGAGAUCCGUACAUAAUAAGAAAGUAUCCAGAGUCUUAUAAAAAUGAAGAAGAAUUGAAAAAUGUACCCAAAUUCACAUUCCCAUGUCAAUUGGAGAAUACAUUUGUUCAACACUACUCCUUUGUUUUAACGUCUGUGGAUUCUAAAUAUACAUUUUGUUUUUGUCGAUAUGAUCCAAAAGCGAAUACAGCGUUGGUGUUAUUAUCACAUUUACCAUGGCAUGAUAUAUUUUACAAGUUACUAAAUUGUAUAGCAAAUUUACUAAACAGUAAUGAAAGAGGGGAACUGACGUCAUUCCUAGAGGCCUGUCGCAUCAGGCCUCCGAUGCCCGGUCAUACAUUGAAAGUUACCUACAAUGCCGGUCACAGUGUAUUUUCCUGUCAAUGUCCGGAUAACCGGCUGCCUAGUAUACCGGAUAAUUGCAAUCUCACGGAGUACUUCAGCGCAAUGGACACAAAAUGUAUGGCCGGUCUAUGGGCAGCUUUAUUACACGAACGUAGGAUAGCAAUAGUAGCGUCAAAGCCGUCUCGUCUCUCCGCCUGUGUGCAAGCAGCAAACGCCACUUUGUUCCCAAUGUCAUGGCAGCAUAUAUUUAUACCGAUAUUACCGAAACACCUUGUGGAUUAUCUAUUGGCGCCGAUGCCUUUUCUUAUUGGCGUGCCGAGAUCUGUUAUGGAGACAGUGCGAAUGUCAGAAAUAGGUGAUGUUGUAGUACUAGAUGUAGACGCGAAUGAACUGAGGUCUCCGUUCCAGGAUCUAGACAGUCUUCCUCAAGAUAUGGUAGUCGGUUUAAAGAAGGCUUUAAGCGAUAAAAAUGCAUUGGGAGAUGCUGUUUCAAGAGCAUUUCUACGUUCCCUUGUCUGUUUGAUCGGUGGCUACAGAGAUGCUAUCAGAAUCGAGAAGGGUCAGCUGAUAACGUUCAAUCCAGAAGCGUUUGUGAGGACGAGAAAAAAUAUGCAGCCAUUUCUAAGAAAGAUUUUACAGUCUCAAAUAUUUCAACAGUUUAUAGACGAAAGGCUCGAACUAUUAAACUCGGGUCGAGGCUUCAACGACGAAUUCGAAGUAGAGUGUAACAACUAUGCGGAAAAAUUAAGCACCGGAAGCGGUCAGAAACUGAAACAGCAGUACCGUGACUGGGCCAAGACGGUCAAAAAAGAGGGCGGAGCCUUCUUCAAAACUGUUAAAGAUAAGGCGAAUCCCGCGGUACAAUCGGCUGUCAAAACGGUCCGGCAAGGCGGUAAAAAUAUGAAGUCAGCUGUUCGGGGCUUAAAGAACAAGAUGCCCAAAACGGGUUCUAGGCCAUCGUCUAUUAAUACAACGGAUGAUAGCAGGUUUUCAUGUGGUUCAGCCACCCCAGUCUCAUCUGAUUCCUCCGAAUCGUCCCCCUCCCAUGACCUACCCCCACGCGAGCCACCCCCAACCCUCCCCCUUGAUCUCCUCACCGAAAUGGAGCUCCUCUUCCCAAACAGACGUCGGGAUAGCUUUCAUGGCAGCACCCAUAACUCGGACACCAGUUUACCGGACAAAGCUAAAACCUUGUCACCAUGCCCCCCACCCCGGUUACCGGAACGUCCCCACCCCCCACUCCGUUACCCAAUAAUAGCGACAAGGAAACUAAUAGAUUUGUCCGAUGCGCCCGAACCUCCCCCGAGGUCUAUACCGGCGCCUUCAACGACGCACUUUAUAAGUAACAUAACAAAAAACGACGCGAACGCUACCCGAGAGUUCCACACUAGCACGAUUAGAUUCACCGAGGGCAACGACAAGGCUAAAUUAAAACUGACCUUGUCGAAUCAGAAGAAGGUUCCAAAUAGCCAGCCUUGUAAUGGCUCCACGGUCAGACCGGUACCCCCCGUUCCGAGACCGGUCACAGACCGGCCCAGACCGAGAAUCGGCAAGACCAGAACUCAAGAGGUAAUUUUGAUAUGCUCGUCCAGCUCUGAUCUAAUACAACUAGACGUUACGCCCUCAGACUUAGAAGAUUUCGAUCCGCUUAAAUAUCGAGACAAGAACGAAAAGGAACAAGUUAAAACAUCGACGGAUAGCGCUUUGUUGCACGAAUACGGUCUAGAUUUUAGUCAAUUCGGCUUAUCCGAUUUCACGGCUAGCUCGAGUACGCCGGAGACAUCUACCGUUCCGAAGGGAUGGACUACUUUCAAUUAGGGCUUUAUCGUCACGUGACAUAGUUUCCCGAGUUGAUAGAGUUGCGUUACACUUGAGUGUUUUUUGCGGCUACAAUAUAUUUUUGAACGUAUUUUAUCAAUGUUAUUUUGAAAAUCAUGUUCCUUAUUUAAACUUUAGAUCAUAUAUACGUUUUACGAUCAGGUCGAACCAAGGCACGAAAUAAAAUCAUAAAACAUUUCUGAACAGUUCGAUAUUGAUGUUUUAGUUCAGUGCAUCAAAGUAUGCACAUUUUAUAUGAAAAUUUUUAAACCAGCGAAAUAAUUCGCAGAUUGGUUUGUUUGAAUUUCAAUGUUCACUUCAUUAAAUAAAUAGUCUGUCGGAAGUACGAAAUGUAUCAAUGAUUCUAUUUGUAAGCGUAUGUUUUGUAUGGAUUUUAGUUGUCGAGUUUUCGAUACUCAAAUGCUCUAUUUAAAAGUAAAUACAUUUAAGUGAGCUGGUAAUUUUUUUUUAUCAUGUAAUGUUGAAAUUUCGUGAUCUUGUUUCGUCGCUACUGAAAAAGGAAUGAAAUGAAUCAUUCAGUAUGUUUAUGAAAUAUUGUGCUAGUUAUAAUUUUGUUUUUGAAGUUUUUACUCGUUUUAAAAGAAAAAAAAAAUCCGCAAAACGAGAAUAUGUCGCACAAAUAACGCGCUAGUGUUUACGCGACUUCGUAUUCCAUUCCUUUGUAAAUAAAUCGCUUUUAUAUAAAAAUAAAA